AUGGAACCAAAUAGUUUAGAGCAUAUAUUAAGGGAAAAAACGGCUGAACUCCAGGCGCUAAAGCAAAUUACUAGCUUAACAGAUAAUUUGAAAGUUGAAUUAGAACAAAUGGCUAUUCAAACGUCAAAAAUUCGAGAUAAUUCAGCCUCUGUGAGUGAAGUUACAGAUCAUUGGAACUCAAUUUUAAGAUCUAUUUCUCAAGCUUCUUUAAAGAUAUUGCAAUAUACACAAAGUGAUUAUGAAGUUGGAUCAUGGAAAAACGAGAAUAAUGCUACUGAAAAAGACGAAGAUAAAGACAAUGCUGUUCCACUACCUGAAACUCUUGUUAGAAUUCGUACUGAUGAUGACGAUAAAUGA